UGGCGCGCCGGGGCGACGCGGGCAGGCGAGGGCCGACGUGCCGUACGUGCCUCCGCGGCGGUCCGUGGGCUGCGGGCCGCACCGCCGUCCGCCCUCUCGGAGGCGGGCCGCGCAGACGGCGGCGGCCAUGUUUGUGGCGCGCAGCAUCGCGGCGGACCACAAGGACCUCAUCCACGAUGUGUCUUUCGACUUCCACGGGCGCCGAAUGGCCACCUGCUCCAGCGAUCAGAGCGUCAAGGUGUGGGAUAAGAGUGAGAGUGGAGAUUGGCAUUGUACAGCUAGUUGGAAGACACAUAGUGGAUCUGUAUGGCGUGUGACAUGGGCUCAUCCUGAAUUUGGACAAGUUUUGGCUUCCUGUUCUUUUGACCGAACGGCAGCUGUAUGGGAAGAAAUAGUAGGAGAAUCAAAUGAUAAGCUUCGAGGACAGAGUCACUGGGUGAAGAGGACAACUCUAGUGGACAGCAGAACAUCUGUUACUGAUGUGAAAUUUGCUCCCAAACAUAUGGGUCUGAUGUUAGCAACCUGCUCAGCAGAUGGUAUAGUAAGAAUCUACGAGGCUCCAGAUGUUAUGAAUCUCAGCCAGUGGUCUCUACAGCACGAGAUCUCGUGUAAGCUGUGCUGCAGCUGUAUUUCUUGGAACCCUUCCAGCUCUCGUGCUCAUCCCCCCAUGAUUGCAGUGGGAAGUGAUGACAGCAGUCCAAAUUCAAUGGCCAAGGUUCAGAUUUUUGAAUAUAAUGAAAAUACCAGGAAAUAUGCAAAAGCUGAGAGUCUUAUGACAGUCACAGAUCCUGUCCAUGAUAUUGCGUUUGCUCCAAAUUUGGGGAGAUCUUUCCACAUCCUGGCAAUAGCAACCAAAGAUGUAAGAAUUUUCACAUUAAAACCUGUGAGAAAAGAACUUACUUCUUCUGGUGGUCCAACAAAAUUUGAAAUCCAUAUUGUGGCUCAGUUUGAUAAUCAUAAUUCUCAGGUCUGGAGGGUGAGCUGGAACAUAACUGGAACAGUACUAGCGUCCUCAGGGGACGACGGCUGUGUUAGGUUGUGGAAAGCUAAUUACAUGGACAAUUGGAAGUGUACUGGUAUUUUGAAAGGUAACGGGAGCCCAGUAAAUGGGAGUUCUCAGCUGGGAAACUCAAAUCCUUCACUGAGCUCAAAUAUUCCAAAUCUUCAAAAUUCAUUAAAUGGAACUUCUGCUGGCAGAAAGCACAGCUGAGUACAAGCUAGCUGGAGUAACUUUGCUGUUUGCUGCUUGUUGCAUGCACACAGGAAUGGAAAUCAACUCCUUUCCCCUUCCCCAGCGCCGUUUGAUCUCUUCCAAGAUGCACCAGCAGCCUGUUCACUACUACACACAGUCCAAAAGGCCUUUAAAGUGACAGUGUAUAUAAUUUUUGUACUAGUCAGUCUCCUGACACUAUAAAUGGAAAGGCUUUUUGUUGACACAUCAUCACCAAAACAAUUUUUUGGGAUGUUCUGGAGACUAACUUGGGUUUAAAAACUGAAAACAUUGCUAUUAUCCUCAUAAGCAGUUGGGAGGAGGGAAAAUAUAAUUUUAUUUCAUGUGGAGAAUAUAGGAAUAUGUCUUUUAUUUUCUAAAACAAUAAGCUAAAAUGAUGAGUUUUUAUAAUUUUAAUUUGAAAAUCGAAUAAAUAUUUUCAUAAAGAUUGUUUUGAGUGGUAAUGUGUUUACCUUUUGUAGAAUUGCUCUAUAGGUGAUAUUAUCCACACAACUACUUUACAGGUGGUAUUAUCCACACAACUACUUUACAGGUGAUAUUAUCCACACAACUACUUUACAGGUGAUAUUAUCCACACAACUACUUUACAGGUGAUGUUAUCCACACAACUACUUUACAGGUGAUAUUAUCCACACAACUACUUUACAGGUGAUAUUUUCCAUACAACUACUUAUACUUGUAAUUAAAAAUACCAGUAAAGGAACAAAUCAUUAAUCUGGCACCACAGUUGAGAUAAAAUGGUUUGUAGCCAAGCAGCACAUUAGCAUUUGUUAGUUUUAUUUGAUAGUAGAAUGGUGGAAGCACUUCUAAGUUUUCAUCUCAUACCCAUUAAAGAGAUGGCUGUUUCUAAUGUUUAUGGUAUGAUCCUAUACGACUUGGUUUCCUUUAAGACAAUUUGGAAACAUGAGUUGACAUUUUUCAGAAAAUGUGCAUGCAAUUGAAAUUUUAUGUCUCAGGAUUUUUAAUGUGUUGUUUCAAUGAGUUCCUGUCUUCUGAAACUUCUGACUUUGAUGACAAAGUUAUAUACCUUUUCAUUUACAAAACUGCAUACAUAUUACGGGUAAGUUAUAAGAUGGUAGAAUAACAGGCUAUAAUUCUUUGCGCCUUUUUAUGCACCAAAAUUUUGUAGCUAUUCUAAGUUUUUUGCAGGAAACUCAGACUGUCCAAUGACUGUAUUUUUGAAAAGCAUGUGGCAGUACCCAGCUUUCCCGUGUCGUGUAUUGGAUGGUUCUCAGUAUCAUGUAUGCACUGAAGAUGUGUGCCUGCUGCCGCAGCACACGCAGCAUUGCUGGAAAUGAAAGAAUCAGAUGAGAUUAGACAAGGCUUUACAUUUAUAAAAUGAAUGUCUCUGUAACAUACAUACUGAUAAUUUUGGGGGGGGGCAUUUUAACUUUAACAGAUUGUAUUUUUUUCAAACUUUGAUACUUCAUAAGCAACCUUGAUUCAAGAGAGAGUCUUGAUUUGUACUGUUGUUCUAUUGGUUGUGGCAUGAAUAUACAAGCUUUUUUUUUUCCUUCCUUCCAGCAUGUUUUCUCUUCUUUGGUUCUCUUUGUAUUUACUGCUUUUCUCUUUUCUUCUGUUUCCCUCCCUCUUUUUCCCCCUGUUGUUUUUGUUUUGGUGUUUUGUUCCUGUCUUCAUUAUUUCAGGUAUUUCUUUCCCCCUCUGGAUUCCCCACGGGCUGGAUCAAGAUGGUCCAGUUGUGCCCAGCUCCUUCCUCCUCCUGCUCCUCUGCUAGAGCACUCUUGCGAUGCUGACACUGCCAACCUCCAAUAUCCUCACCCUCGCAGAGGAUACCUCUCUCGGCCUCUUAAUCCCUUACCUGAGAAUGAAGGGGUAUAAAACACUGACUUAAAGGCCUUAUUAUCUAGAUGCUUGUAAAUGCUUUUAUUCUGGGCUGCUUUUUGGUUUCUUCAUUUUUCCUUUAGAAGAUCCUUCUUAUUUAGGGCAUGUCUUGCAUGUAUCACAACUCAAGUGUUUGAAACCAAACCUGUGUUUGUACUUCCGUGCCAGGAAUCUGUGGCUUCGAUAGUUGGUUACCUUUGAUGAACUUCAAAAAAGCAGUAUUAACUGUGAAAGAUUGCCAGUAUAUGAUUCAAAGUGCCUGUCUUGUAAAUUCUGUGUGGAAUUGUUAUCAUAGAGUUUAGUUUUGUCUGUUGAUAGGUAGCUUCAUAGGAAAGCAUAUCAUUGUGAACUUCACUCUGUAUUUCAGACAUUAAGAAAUGUUUUGAAUUUUAUAGACUGAUGUUACAAAUGACUGUAAAAUAAAUCAUUCCUGUGUAUAAAGCAGCAAAUCAUCAGGAUAUUUUUGUCUUUUUUUUUUUUUUUUUUAAAGGAAAAUGCCUUUCACUACUUGGAAUUAUACUUAUUUUGUAAUUAUUCUCCAAGUAGGUUAUUUAAUAAAAAUAUUUUAAAAGAUGUG